AUGUAUCAUUCAACCCAAAGUUCUUCUUCUUCUGCUAUCGACUUAACUAUCACUAUCACAGGCCUUGCCACUUCAAGUUCAGCUCCUCCGAGUCCGAAUCCGUCUCCGACACUUCAUCCUUCAGUGGAUGGUGGUCAUUUCGUCGCUCGCAGACGAACAAGCUGGGCAAAGUUAGACGCAGGGCAGGAUCCCUUACGCCCGAACCUUUCGUUAACUAUGGAGGCUGGUCCUUCACGAACACCGCCCAGGCCAUUUACUCCGGAUGGGAACCCAGUUUAUUCUCCUAACAAUGGAUUCUUUGCAAACACAUUAACGUACAAUGGGAAUUCGAUCUACAGUGGCUUGCUCUAUACUGCUGCACAAGCUGGUCCAUCCUCCGCUUCCUUAAUGUCUACUCCAGAGUCUGACCUUGACUCAUCGAAGGACGGAGACGAUGUCCAUCUCACUGGUACCAACUCUCGAUGGAAAUCUGCAAGUGGGAGUUGGGCUAGUGCUGAUUUAAAUGUCGACUCCGAGCGUAGGGGAGGUACUACAGGCCCCACUAGGCGGUGGACACUACAUUACAGUUCUCCACCUUCCCCUCUCAAGCGAACGGGCUCAGCGUUCAGGGUAAUGUCCAAGCACCUUCGACGCGCGUCUCUCCGCAUCGUUAAUCUUUCAAACCAUCCCUUGGACAAUUCCAUCCGCAUACCGGACGAGGACUUUGACGAUGGCGACAAGGAACCCUUCGAAGAGCAAUGGAACGAAGAACAAGUUUUCCUCAGGCGCACUCUCGGUUUCUUAGACUCCUCAAGCACAUUUCGUCUUCGCCUUUAUCGCUUCCUUUCUCACCCAUGGACAGAACCUCUAGUACUUUGUUUGAUAAUUCUUAAUGCUUGUGUAUUGAUAUCUCAAGCGUCUCACUCGGCUCUUCUUCCCUCGGAACAAUCUAUGCCAACCCCACAAAAGGGUUUCUUUCGUGCUUGGGAGGAUUAUGUUCUUUUGGGGUUGUUCAUCCUAUUCACGUUUGAAGCAGUUGCUCGAAUAUGUGUUUCUGGAUUUUUGCUAGAUCCUGAAGUUCCAGUAUCGGCUUUCUUUGUAUCUUCGACAUCAGCAAUAACCCCUACAGUCGACUUCGAGGGCAGUUUCUUCUGCAUCCAGCCCUUUUAUGAUCGUAUAUCGCGGCCAUUCAAACUCUCCGAGACUACCCCUUCACGUUCGAUGCCUGACACAGUGUUUGGUCCAAGCCAUUUGCCUCAUGAGGCUUCGCGUCAAGAAAAACAGGCCAUUGUAGAUGAACAUUCUUCAUGCGCCCAUCUCCGAAAUCCCUCGCAGCCAACUUUCUUCUCCCGGGCCCUUCGGUCAGACCAAACGCCCCCGGACGUGAUCUCGCUGCCAUUCCGAUUAAAUAUCAAUAACGCACGCGACAAGGUGUAUCGCAAUAUGCCAUACUUGCGCCAGAGCUGGGGAAGAAUUGACUUUAUCGCCAUUCUUAGCUUCUGGUUGAGCUUUACACUCGCCAUGGCAGGCGUGGAGUGUGGGUCUCAUCAUGUCGCUGCAUUCAGAGCGAUGAGUACAAUCAUGCACUCACUGAAGAUCGCUCGGCCGCUGCUUACUAACGUGGCAUAUUUUGUUAUUUUCGCUGCUGUGUUAUUCUCAAUAAUUGGAAUUCAAUCUUUCAAGGGUUCUUUUCGACGGAAAUGCUAUCUUCAGCCCACCUUGGGAGAAAGUCAAACGCAAAUAUCACAAUCUUGCGGUGGUUACAUUGACCCGACUACCCUGAACGUCUCUCCCUAUUUACAAUUGGACGGUACGGUUAUAUCUGCCCUCUGGGGCAGACUAGGACCUGUCGUCGAGGAUUGCGAAGAGGGUUGGGUGGAUGGGAAACACGUUUCUCAGAACAACUCUCUCAAGGAAUUCUACACCCAUACGCGCUGGUGCUGGGUAUUUCUAGCUCUCGCGUCGCUCGUCGUACAAGCCACCGCCAGUGCCGACAUGAGUGACCUACAUCAACAGAUACUUGACAAGUCAGAGCUAGUGCUUACAGUGGCCUUCGACAUCGAGAUCAUCAUGCGCAUCGUAGCAGAGCUCCCAGCUUGGCGAAGGUUCUUCAAGCAUGGGAACAACUGGCUGGAUCUCGUGUUGGCUGUGGGGUCGAGCGUCAUUCAGAUUCCGGCCACUCACAACUCGGAGCUGUACCCCUGGUUGACAAUAUUUCAACUAGGGAGGUUCUACAGGGUGAUUCUAGAGUUCCCAAGAAUGAAACCGCUCAUGCUCACGGUAUUUGGGAAUCUGUACGGUCUAGCGAAUAUGACGCUUUUCUUGCUCCUCGUCAACCUCCUUGCCGCAUUGGUCUGCGAGGAGCUCAUUCGCGGCGAUAUGACCGACUCAACCACGUUGAAUUUCGGACAGCUGUGGAAUUCGUUCCUCGCUGUGUACCAGAUCUUUUCUUCCGAGAAUUGGACGAACGUCUUGUACGAGGCAGCUGAUGCAGAAAUCUCCUUGGGGCAAGCGGUGAUCGUGACCGUUUUCUUAUCUUCGUGGCUUAUAUUCGAAAAUUUCAUCGUGAUGCAGAUGUUCAUCGCUGUUAUCCACGAAAACUUCAGUGUCGCGGAAGAAACGAAGAAGAGUAAACAAGCAUCGGACUACUGGGCUCAACAUCACCCGCAAAGAGUCACGCACAAGAGUUGGACUCGCAAGCUGAAUCCGUAUCGAUGGAUCAAGGCAGAUCCCGUUCGCGUCAAGAAGACGCUCGUGCAAGAUUACGGGGUUAUUGGACAGGACAAUCGAAACGGGGCUGUAUGUGGUUUUGAGUGUAAACCCGUUCCAUUGAAGGGUGCAAAGCAUCUCCCUUCGAAAUCGUCGACAAUGCUUCAACAACUGUUUUCUGGGACUACGAAUUCUAAUGAUGUACCGUUGGUAGCCUUACGACAGGGCCGUCGUGAUUCGACAACUGUGCAAGACGAAGAGACGGAGCGUUAUCUCGAUAUUCUCGCCAAGGCGAGCAGCGGCGCUGACGCAACUGAGAACGACCAUGAUGAGCACUCCGAGCGGAAGGCCCAGAAGGCGGACUUCAUCAUUGACCACCCGACGUAUGACAAGACCUUUUGGCUUUUCUCGCAAGAAGAUCGUCUCCGGAAUAUGUGCCAGAAGGUUGUCAAGCCUGCUGGCGGAGAGCGCUUAUUCGGAUGCCCACCCUCCGACGUUGCCCAUACGCUGUUUCAGCUGCUGAUCUUGUUGACCGUGCUUAAUGGUAACAUCACGGAGGGCGUAGCCACCCCUUUGUACCGGUGCAAUUACUACAUGGAGCACGGUGUGGCGCGUGAUACUUGGUUCAACAUCGCCGAGAUAGCGUUUGGCGCUCCUUUCCUAGUCGAGUUCAUUAUCAAGAUUAUUGCCGAUGGUUUCCUGUUCACUCCAAACGCCUACGUCAAGAGCAUAUGGAAUAUCCUGGACUUCAUUAUACUCAUCGGUAUCCUAGUCAACUUGUCGUUCGCGCUCAUUUUCGUCAGCGGAUUGACUCCUCUCCGCCUCGUGACCUUGAUCGAGAAGAUGCGAAACGCGUUCGAAUCACUCAUUAUUUCCGGGGCGACUCGUAUCUUGGAUGCCGCCGUUUUGGCGAUCCUGUAUCUGAUUCCCUUGAGUGUGUGGGGGUGUAACGACAACAGUGUCCAAGGCGUCGAUGGUUGUACCAACGAGUUUGUCAACACAAUAUACGGCACAUCUUUCGGAUUUUGGCCCCUCAUUGUGUCGUUGGAAGGGUGGAUCGAUGUCAUGUCGGUCGCGAUGAGUAUCGCUGGGAAGAAUCAACAACCGCAGCGCAACGUUUCACAAAUCAACGCCAUCUUUUUCAUCAUCUACAAUUUACUUGGAGGCGUUGUGAUUCUGACACUUUUUGUCAGUAUCAUCAUCGGCAACUUCUCAUCUAAGACGGGCUCUGCAUUCCUGACCCAACCUCAGCGAGAAUGGAUCGACCUGCAGAAACUGAUCAAACGCCAGAAGCCGUCAAAGCGUCCUCAGAUUCGGCCUACUCAACUAUUUCGAGAAUGGUGCUACGACCGUGCAAUUCACAAGCACGGCUGGUGGAUGCGAAUGAUGACGUGCUGGUUUGUCGUACAAAUUAUCGUUCUCAUGACGCAAACAUUUACAGUUAGUAAUGGGUUUGCUUCUAUCUCCUUUCGGUCCUUCAAUGUACUUCCAGACGACUUUUCGUUGAUCAUCACAACGAUGUACGUCAUCGAUAUCGCAGUCAGGUUCUACGGUGUUGGCUGGAGGAGUUUCCGAGCUAACGGGUGGAAUCUGUUCGAUGUUGUGGUGGCCGGCGGCAGUUUUAUCACGACAUUGGUUGUCCGGUUUGGGUACACGGGUUUCGUUGUCGAGCAGCUACAGAAGCUAUUCCUCGUCAGCAUCGCAUUCAAGCUCGUACAGAGGACCAGCUCUUCAAGACUGUGA